AGGAGCAAGGAAGGGUAUUAAUUAAGAUCCAGUAUAAUUUAAAAAUGGUGGACAGUGAGAACAUUGUCUGGGGUGUAGAUUUGGAAGUUAAUUUAUUACAUGCCAUGAGAGGACACAAACCAGUUGGGGUCAAUAGAUACUUUCAGUUAGCUCUUAUACACGAAAAACUGAACAAUAUCAGCCAGAAAAAAAUAACAGCUGGACAGAUAUGGAAACAUCUUGGUGUCAUGUAUGAUUUACAUGCUUUGAAUGAAUCUGAAAUAUUACCCUUUCCUAACAAAGAAACUGACUUCUCCCUACCUGAAGAUGACUACAAAGAAUUCUUACAUAAAGCUUUCUCUAGAAAUCCAACUAAAAAUGAUGACAAUAAAACUGAACUGAAGACAGAAAAAGAAACACACAGUAAUAGCUCCCUGAAGACAAGUAAAACAGAUAAAUCAGAAAGUAAACAUUUUGAAAAUAAACAUACUAGUAAUGUUGUACAUGCAAAUACACCAGAGAACUCUCCAAAGAGAAAGAGAACCAGACAUACACCAUCAUCACAAGCAAGUCCUGCCAAUACACCUGAUACUCCAGCUACAAAGAGGAGAAGAUAAAUGAUCGUAACACUGACGAAUUACAUGACCAUUGUACUCUGGUUAAAUGAUGAGUAGCCAGACAGAGAGCUAAAUAACUGGUAGACAUUUUUCAUUACACAGAAUGAGUUUGUUAAUGAAGAAGCUAUAUAACAAGGCACACAAAUGAAUUGAUAAUUUUUAUGAACAUAUAUUUUCUUUGAAAGGGAAAAGAAUUCUGCCUAUUUUGUACCAUUUUGAAAAUUCAUUAACAGGAUUAAAAUAUUUUUAUUUGUA